GUAAUGGGUUAAAUAAAUAUGGAAGCUCUGCUCAGACUACUUCACUGCUCGAUGACUCAACAUACUCUCUUCUUCGUCGUCGUCGUCUUCUUUUCUUCUUCUUCUUCAGUUUCUGAUUCUAGCUUUCUUCCCUUAAUAGGGUUUCCAUUCUCAGACUCGAGCAUCUCUCUCUGGUUUUCUCUGUCUAUUUGCCGAGAAACAAACGGAAAAUGUACCUUACAGUUUCUGACUUGUGGACGGUGAAUCUUUGGACAAUUUGAGACUGACAAAAAGAUACAAAGAACUCAAAGACCUUAAUCUCAUUAAAACUCUUGGUUUCUUGCUGAAUUUUUUUUAAAUUGGAGAUGGAGAGAUCUAGAUCUAAGAGGAAUUACUACUACGACCAUCAGAACUAUGAUAAUGAAACCACCAUGGGCAGGACCAAACCUAGGUACAACAAUCACCAGUACAACCCUAAUAACCACCGUCACCGCGGCAGUAGCGCCACCGUCAACAACAACCGCCAAGCAAAGCAGCAACAGGACCCGUCUUUGAUGGUAACCACUACCUACCGCAUUCUUUGUCAUGAUAUGAAAGCCGGUGGUGUAAUCGGCAAGUCUGGAAGUAUAAUCAAGUCCAUUAGACAACACACUGGCGCGUGGAUCAACGUGCACGAGCUGAUCCCCGGAGAUGAGGAGAGAAUCAUCGAGAUAUCCGAUACUAGGCGGCGAGACCCGGAGGGACGAAUGCCUGCAUUCUCGCCGGCUCAGGAGGCGUUGUUCUUGAUACAUGAAAGGAUUCUUGAAAGUGAUGCUCAGUUUGGUGUGAACGGCGGCGGUUAUGGGAAUGAAGAGGAGGAUCAUGGGGGUAGAGGAAACAGAGUGGCUACAAGGUUGGUAGUAUCGAGAAUGCAUGUGGGUUGUUUAUUGGGUAAAGGAGGGAAGAUAAUUGAGCAAAUGAGGAUUGAGACAAAGACCCAGAUUAGGAUUUUGCCGAGAGAUCAUACCUUGCCUCGCUGCGUUUCCAUGUCUGAGGAGAUUGUUCAGGUUGUAGGUGAUGCUAAUGGAGUGAAAAAUGCUAUAGGGAUUAUUUCAUCGCGCUUGAGGGAGAGUCAGCAUCGUGAUCGAAGUCAGGGAAAUUUCCAUGGGAGAUUACACUCACCAGAUCGAUUUUUCCCUGAUGAUGAUUAUGUUCCUCACACGAAUAACACAGCACGACGUUCAUCUGUAGAUGGGCCUUCAUUUGGAUCACGAGCAUCUGCCACAAAUUACAGAAGCAGCAACUAUUCUUCCCGACAAUCUGGCUACACAGUUGAUGGUGGGGCUACCAUGGCUGACAGUGCACAGACCUUUUAUGGUGAGGACCUUGUGUUUAGAAUGCUUUGCCCUACUGACAAGGUUGAUAAAGUUGUUGGAGAGACGGAUGGCAUUGUAGAUUUGCUUCAAAAUGAAAUCGGUGUAGAUAUAAAGGUUUCUGAUCCAGUAUCUGGGUCAGAUGAGCAAAUUAUCAUCAUUUCAUCCGAAGAGGGCCCUGAUGAUGAGCUAUUUCCAGCUCAGGAGGCAUUGUUGCAUAUUCAAACUCGUAUUGUUGAUCUUGUUCCAGAUGAAGACAAUAUAAUAAAAACCAAGUUACUUGUCUCUGCCAGUGAAAUUGAAUGUUUUGAGGGAAGAGAUGGAGCAUUAUCUGAGAUGGAGAGAUUAACUGGUGCAAGAAUACAGAUCCUACCAAGGGAUAAACAUCCUGCUUGUGUAUCAGGGGCUGAUGAGCUAGUACAGAUUGAAGGGGAAAUAAAAGCAGCACGAGAUGCACUUGUAGAAGUGACAUCAAGGCUAAGGAGUUACUUAUACAAGGAGUUCUUUCAGAAGGAUACACCUCCGCCUUCUGCACUAAGAAUGGAGUCAGCUUCUCCCAAUAAUGCAACCCCAGCUCGUGAUGGUCAUAGUGGAGGUGAACCUCCAGCUGCAGCACAACAAUCAAAGGAUGCUGGUGGAUCUGGCACUGAAAAAGUGAAGCAGAAUGACACUGAGCGCCAUGAAGAGGUUCCAACUACAAUAAAUAGAAUACCCAAACCACUUGUCACUAAGAGUACACUCGAGAUUGUCAUACCGGACCAUGCAGUUCCCAAGCUUGUAACAAAAUCGAAAAACAAGCUUUCUCAAAUAAGUGAAUUAUCAGGAGCCAAUGUAACACUUGUAGAGGAUAGACCUGAAGUGACAGAAAAGAUCAUUCAAAUAUCAGGUACUCCGGAGCAAGCAGAGAGAGCUCAGAGCUUGCUUCAGGGCUUUAUUUUGAGUACACAAGAAGAUGGACCUUAAGCUAGUAUGUAAAGCAGUUGAACUGGAAGUUGAGCCGACCAGAAAUGGAAGAGCCUCGUAUUUUUACGGAAUCUAAUUUCCUAAACUUAUUACCCUGGAGAGAAAAUUACGUGUCUCACUUUUGGUAUGUAAUGUUUUGCACGUCUUUACUUUGUCUGUUGUUCUGAAUAUGAAUUUUCAGUAGUAGUCCCAUGUAAAUAGAACUUGGGAGCUCUGCCUGUAAUGCUUCAGUUUUCCUGUAUCAAUAUGAGAUUGCAGUUUUGUUCUUUA